UACACUCGGCGGCGCGGUUCAGUUCAAGGUUUCCCAUUUCGGAGAGUUCAAGGCAUAUAUAUAAUAAUAUAAAAAUAAUAAUAUUAUAUACAUGUCAUACGCGUGCCUCGUAAACCGCCCGCCCUACUGCCUCAAUACCUGAUAAUAUAAUAUCACGGUGGUCGGCCCCUCCCCCCGGAAAAAUCGUCAUCGCCCGUCGACGGGAUUUUUAUUCUAUCGUCACUAGCCGGCCGGCCGCUGUACGAUCCGCGCUCCGCUCCGUUCCGCUCCGGACGCGUAAAUAAUAAUAUAUUAUAGCUGAUACGAUAUUUUAAUACUACGUUAUUACGUCUGUAAUACACCGACAGCGCGAGUUGUCCGCCGGUUUUUUCGAGUCUUGCGGUUCGGUUCUGGACCUCCGUCGUCGAUUCGAUUCAUUGAUUUAUUUUGAAAACAUUUUUCAAUUUUUCGAUUUUUUUUUUGUUUUUCCAAAGUUUUCCCCUACCAACCGGCCCGCCCCUGCGCCACCGACAGAUCCAAGCUGUCUCAAAACUAUACAGUGGUGACAGUCGGAGCGAACAGCCCCGCAUCGUCGCUCGGAAACAAAAGAAAAUCGUCUGUGAACGACGGGAAAACAUGAACAAAAUCACGUGAGAUCACCCGGCGCACUGCAAUUAGAUCGCGGAUCCUCGUGCAGUCGAUUCCUUCCGAUCCCAUACAAAUUGGAGCACGGUGACUGAAUGAUACCUCAGCAUGUCCCAGGAUCGCAUGACCGCUCUUCGGCUGCUGUCGUACUGUUGGCUGACCGUAAUGUUGCAACCCAGCACUUUGGCAUUUAACGUCGUCUACAACAAGGAACAGUCAUCGUCUUCUUCGCUUCAGUCAUCAGAUUUCUACCAAACUGGCAGCAGAAAAUUUGGCGGAUAUCGUAUCGUGCCCCGCGCGUGCAAAGACGACACUCAUCCGUACAAGAACGAUGCAUCCGUCACCACCCCCACCGGAACUGGAACCGGAACAGGAGUGUGCAUGUUCAACUACGAAUGCACCCAACUGGGAGGCUCGGUAGUCGGAUCUUGCGUGGACGUGUUCCUGUUCGGCGCAUGUUGUCGGCUGCCGGCCGGUGUAAAAGUGCCCGCCGCGAUCGAGCACAGUGCGUCGACGGCCCCAGCCGCCACCGCCGCGACACCCGGCCCGCACCACAACGAUCUGCCGCCGCUGUCGUUCCAACAGCCGGUGGCUGACACCAUACUGAUGCACCGUAACGGGUCAGCGGUGCAAAACACAUAUAGGCCGGACGACCUGUUCGGUAACUUCACGGCCAUGAUGCAGGCCCACCGCGACCGGUUACCGCAGGCGUCCGACAUGACGGACGUCGUGCAGCAGUACACCACUGACGGCGGUUACCACCAGUACAAUCAUCACCAAAACCGACCACUGCCGUUUGCCGGAAACAAGAUAACGUCCAAAGUGGAUUACGGUGACACGGCCACUGUCAAGCUGCAGACAUCGCAGUCGCCACCGUAUUCAUCAUCGUCGUCGUCGCCGGUGUCCAAGUCGACGGACUCGGUGCCGAACAUCCGGAAGACGACGCCGUCCGCGGCCACUGUCCAGGCGACCACGUCCAAACAGGGUUACGGUGGUGCGCACCACAACCAUCACAAACCCCAACACCCGUCGGCCGCCGACGACUAUUACGACAACAUGGUGCUGAUACCCACACUGACGGUUAAUGACCCAAACGUCAAGGAAAACAACUCCAUCCACCACAUACUGUCCAUACUCAACUACACUCCGCCCUCGCCGGACAGGAAUAACGUUGACCCGAUGGACGCUUCACCGUCGUACCACCAUAUGCAGUCGAGUAGCCCACCACCUUCUCUACCGCCCGCUCUAUACACGUGGGGCUCGAUCGACGGCGAUUCCAAGUCACCCGGUUACGGGGCGUCUACGUUCCCGGUCACCAGGCCCUCGUCCACCAUCUAUUCAUCGACGCCGGCACAGCAGCAUUACGACUGGCCAACCAGCUAUUACGGAUCGACACCAUCCACCACGACUACCACAUCCAGCCACCACCUGCCGGGACCGCACUUCCAUGUUCUGUCCACCACGACCACGGCCAAGCCGCUCGAACAGGUCGCACCCACCGUCAUAGUCCUUAGCCCAGCCAACGAUUCGAAAAAUCCCAACAACAAGUACACCACGCCCUCGUCUACGGUGUACACGGCCGCCUCGUACCGUCCACCACCCUCGUCGCACGUCAAACCGUCGCAGAGCAUCAUCGUGACGGGCAAGCCGUCGGUGAGCGCCGCGUACACAACCACGGCUACCUAUCAUCAUCCUCAACACCAGCACCAGCAGGACGCGGCUUUCGUGCCGGUCAGCUCGACCACGAUGGCUGACAAAUAUUACAACGCCAAUUACCAACCGACCACCGGCAUACACACAUCAGCCAAGCCGCUGGUAUCCACCAACUAUGGUCACCGGCCGUCGUCGACGACGACCACCACCACCACAACAACUACCGGGCCACCGCCGACGCUCAGCAGUUCAUUGCACCACGACGCCGGCACCAACAACAACGUGUUCACCACGGUCAUAACGUCGGUGAACCAUCAAUACCACAAGUACCAACCGUCAGCUGCGGGUAAUGGAGGCUCGGGCUCUCAUUCGACGGCAAAGCCGGUGGUGAACGACGGUGGCGCGGUGGCCGUACUGUCGUCAGGUGGCGGCUAUAGACCGACGUCCACCGUCGACGACGAUUACCCGACACCCGUAGUGACGCCUGCAACGCAGGUGUUCAUUACCGCCUCCGACGUGCACCACCUACAGCAGCACCACAUCCAGCAGCAGCUGCACCAUCAUUUGCAGCACCACACGUCGUCGUCCUCGUAUCCGGUCACCUCGGUGCACGGGUCCACUGCCGACGAUGACGUGGGCGCCGUUCCAUUCAACUCCACCGACACGUUUGCUUUCCCGCCGGUCCGUGACCCCAACGUCAACCUGACCGCAGCCUCGCAACAGGAGAAACCGGAUGUGACCGUCGUCGACUCAGCCGGCGACUACGAUGCCGACGCUGAACCCAACCCUCAGCUAACGGUCGACGACAACCUGGACGAUAAGGUCCACCUGUUCGUCGAGAAGGUUGUCCAAUCGUUACAGGGCAAUUUCGAGGACCUGGAAAAGGUCCUACUGUCCGGCGACCCGUCGUCGUCCAACAUCACCAUCGGUAACGACGACCCAGCUGGCUGGCCGACUAAGAAGCCCGCGACCGCUGCGCCGACGGCCGCUACACCUACGAAGAAACCGGCGAAACCGGCUGCCGCCAAGCCGACGAAACCGUCACCGCAGCCCGUCAAGUGGACUUCCACCACGACUUACCGGCCGACGCCGAUCGUCAAUUCACUGCUAGACUCCGCCCCGUACCUAGAGUUGACCACUGUAUCCAGGCCUACCAAGUACCCGACUCUGCUCACCCCGGUUCAGCUGUUCCAGCCCACCACGUACGCCACGGACAACAAGCGGCCGACCAAGCUGCCUGUCAAGCAUACCCCUUCCACGACGGUCGUGCUGGACACGCUCAAUGUUGACCACGACUAUCACACCACCGCUGAACCGGACUACAGAAAAACGUGCGGAGUGCGGCCUUUGGUGAGGAAAAGCGGUCGGAUCGUCGGUGGAACGGGUUCGACAUUCGGCGAAUGGCCAUGGCAAGUGUUGGUGAGGGAAGCUACAUGGCUGGGGCUUUUCACCAAGAAUAAAUGUGGUGGCGUGUUGAUCACUCAGCGACACGUCAUAACUGCCGCCCACUGUCAACCCGGAUUUUUGGCGAAUCUGGUGGCCGUUUUUGGCGAGUACGACAUCAGUGGUGAGGUCGAGUCGAAGAGGAGCAUCAGCAAAAACGUCAAACGCGUCAUCGUCCAUCGGCAAUACGACGCGGCGACUUUCGAGAACGACAUAGCCCUGCUGGAGCUCGAGUCCCCUGUCAGCUAUGACCAACACAUCGUGCCAAUUUGUAUGCCGGACGACGAGGAUGACUUCACGGGACGCAUGGCCGUGGUCACUGGAUGGGGACGGUUGAAAUACGGAGGUGGAGUUCCAAGCAUCCUGCAAGAAGUGCAAGUUCCUAUAAUUGAAAACCAAGUGUGCCAGGACAUGUUCGAGACAGCAGGACAUACGAAGUCUAUACUUAGCAGCUUCUUGUGCGCCGGUUACGCCAACGGACAGAGGGAUUCUUGCGAGGGCGACAGUGGCGGGCCUCUGAUGAUCGAAAAGGACAACGGCCGAUGGACACUGAUAGGCACAGUGUCACAUGGCAUCAAAUGUGCCGCGCCGUAUCUGCCGGGAGUCUACAUGAGGACCACGUACUACAAACCGUGGCUGCAGACAAUCACGGGCGUACAGUAGACACAUCGCCGACGAAUCGUCAACACUAUUAUCGUUAUUGUUGUUUGUUGUUGUUGUUGUUGUUGUUGUUGUUGAUGUUGUUGUUGUUAUGAUUUUGUGGUCGUACCGUUAUACGGUAGAAUAUAAUAUUAUGUAGAAUAAAAUAUAUAUCCCGGACCCCUCCCCAUAUGUCAGCAGUCAGCACAUCACCACGUAUCAUCACACAUCGUAUUAUAAUCUUAUAAUAAUAAUAUUGGUGAUCAAUUAAUAUGGAGAUUUAUAUCUCGCCCACCGUGCGUGCACACAUUAUACAUUCAAUGUUGACCAAGUUACCUUCUAAACAUAGGCUAGGAUCAGGUUACUCUGUACAAGUGUACACUAGGAAAAAAGUUACUACAAAAUUAAUUAUUACUAAAUACUGAUAGGCAACUAUAUUUACUCAAUGAAAUUAUUAGGCUAGACACUUUAACAAUGAAAAGGAAUACUUUACAAAACGAGUUAAACAAUUUAUAACUACACGCUUCAAUUUGUUUCUUAGUUUAACAUUAAUAAAACAUUUAAACUUAAAAACAAAGAUAUUUUCAACAUUAUAAUUAACAUUUAUUUAUUUUUAUUUUUAAAAUGUAUAUUCAAAAUUCGUAUCACUUAAAAUAAUUUUUUAAAAACAAAUAAAAACAGAGCAAUUAAUGAACUUGAAUACCAUGUUUACCGACUGUAAUUGAAAAUGAUAAUGUUUUUAUAAUAUUUUAAAAAUAUUAUAGUUUUCUUAAUCAUUUUCUGCCUUUUCUCAUAUAAUAUGCUAAUAAUAUUUAAAAUGUAAUAUUUAUUUUGUGUGUUUUCAAACGGUAUAUCAACAGUACUAUCAAUACGCAUUACUCAGAACUACUUUUAAAAAUUGAUUUCAUUACAAUAAAUCGAGCAUAUUCCUCGUUUCAAAUUGUUACUAAAGUAGAUUCUGUUCUGUUAUACAAAAAACAAUAUUUUCUUUAAAUCUAGUAGAUAACGAGUAAUUUAAGUUUAAUGUCACAACUCAAUGCUGAAUCUAUAAUUUGUAUGUAUGUAUGUAUAUAUGUAUGUGUAUGUGUAUGUGUAUGUGUAUGUGUAUGUGUAUGUGUAUGUGCAUGUGUAUGUGUAUGUGUAUGUGUAUGUGUAUGUGCAUGUGUAUGUGUGUAUGUAUGUGUGUGUGGGAGUAUAGGUGUAGAGACUCCUCCGGUGACCACAUAAGGCCUAUGAUGCAGUGAAGUGUGCAGCGUGUGUAUAUAGAUAGAGGGACUUUCGUGAAAAAUGUCGUCGCCCUUCGACCACAAGGAACCAGCUGAGGAAAACUAACCUGAUGGGAGGGUAUGUGGAAACAGAAUGAAAAUGAAAAAUACAGACGCUUUGCUGAUAGUAAUAGUUUGUUUGUAUCUUAAAUAUACGAGGUUGCAAUAUCAUAACAACUGACAAAUGUCUCUAUUUUACCCCUCCGACGAUUUGUACUAUUAUUCUCAUCGUUUCGAUUAUUUUCGAUGAUUUCCCACUAGUGCAUGACGUGAUAAUCGUAUCAAAGACGAGUAUGUAAACAUUAUACCCGUUCAAAUAAAACAUUAUCAUAGUAAUCA